CUUGGCUCAAGUUCCGACCCUGGAGCGGCCGCCUCGCCUUCGAGACGAGCUCGCUCCCAGAGCCCAGAAGCUCGGCCGCCGCGCCGCCACGCCUGCAGCCGCAUGGUGUCCCAGGGGCGCUGGUCGGUCGCGCAGUCUGCGCGACGACGCCCCGCCCGGGGCGCAUGCAGGGUGCUGGGCGCAAGCCUGCUGCUGCUGGCGGGGCGGCGGCUGUGGCACCCGCCGCAGCACUUCGCCGUGCCCCGCGCCACGGCAGGGCCGUCCGGGCCGCGCGCCCCGGGCCUCGCCGGGGGCGCAGCGCUGGCGCCGGUGCGUCCAGCAGGGCAGCCGAGGUGGGUCCUCGCGGCGGCGGACGGUGCGGACCUGCAGCGGCAGCGGUCCUCCCUGCUGGACUACGGCCGCGCGGCCUGGACCUCGAUCUGCACGGCCCUCUGGGGGCCGCCGGGCCCCCCAGAGAGGGAGGAAGGCGACGAGGUCAGCAGCAGCAGCGUCCUGGCGAACGUCUGGGCAUCGGUCUGCACGGCCCUCUGGGGGCCGCCCGACCGUUCAGAGAGUGACGAGGUCAGCAGCAGCAGCAGCAGCAGCAGCGUCCUGGCGAACGUAUGGGCAUCGGUCUGCACUGCCCUCUGGGGGCCGCCCAGCCGCCUAGAGAGGAAGGAUAAUGACGAGGUCAGCAGCAGCGUUCUGGCGAGCCUGAUGGAUGGCCUUGAGGACCUGCACGCAAGGAUCGACGGCGUCAACGCCACGAUCAUGGGGGUGUUGAAGGAUGCGCAGAGUGGCAUCGCGGUGAUGUCCAGCCAGAUCGGUUCCAGCCUAGGGGCCCUCCAAGAGCCCAAGGACCUUUACCUCUUCGUGAAGAACUACGACUGGAGCCUCAGGUACCGGGUGCGUCGCGUUGCGGCGGACCUGGACGUGGACACCCCCCUUGAGCUGAAGUGGGUGAAGCUGCGGAAGGCGCCCAAGGAGCCCGCGGAGGUGCUCGAGGAUCCGGCUGCCUCGGAUCUUUUCGACUGGACCGAAACCGCUCCCGCGGGCCACAAGGGGUUCAUGUACGAGGUGACCAAAGCUGUCGGGUCCGGCGUCGAGGCGGUCAUCAACUUCUUCAAGGGCCGCGGGCUCAACAUGAUCGUGAGCCUGGACGGCAUCAGCCUGGCCCCGCCGCAGGCCGCGGCCCGGCCCCGCCCCGUGACGCACUGCUGGGUCGACGUGGCCGGCCUACCCUUCUUCCCCAAGGUGAGGGCGAUCAACUUCUUCAACUCCCAGGAGAGCGUGCUGGCGUGGCAGGCCUGACGAGCUGGCGCUCCCGCAGCGCCCUCCUUGGCGCCUGCGGCGAGCAGGCCGCAGCUUCCUCUCCGGAGGCGAGGCCUGCGGACCGCGGCAGGGAGAGGGACGGCUGGGCUGGUAAUGGGUGGGUGCGUUCCGCACACCGACGGGUCGGAGGGGUGGGGAUGUCAAAGCAUCGUCUGUCGGCAUUCGGCAGCAAGUCGUGGGAGCCUUGUGUACCCUCGUAGCUCCGUCUUCGGCGUCGACUGGCGUCGAUCAGCGCCGGGGAGUUCGUAGCGCUCCCGUGAGUAACCACCGAAAAAGCAUCUUUAGUUUCGUUUCGGUGAGGAUCUUUGCAUGUCAGCCAUCCGCCAUCCUCCAUCCGACGCUGAGCUGGCAGGCCAGGUGCAGUGGCGCGCUUAUCAUGGUGCUAGUUGCUAGUGACGCACGCGCUUUUAAGACUUCAGGCAUGCUGGCCGUGCCAGAUGCAUGCAGGCUGAACGCUCGGCUCCCCUCCUCCCAGGUAACGGUUGGGAUUACGAAGGGAGCCAGGGCGUUGUGGACAAGGCGAUAGUGCCGCUUCAAGCGCUCCAGGCGGCUAAGGUUCACAAUGCUGUUGUGAGUAAUGCAAGACGCCUACACGUUUUUUCCCGAAGAGAACCGUCACAAGGACAUCUUCUUCUCUUCGGCAAAUUGAUACGCUUUGCGUUCGAAUCUUGCCAAAGCGCCUGAAUUAGGCGAGACAGUGCGCGCAUCGCCAUUCGAUAUUUUUCGCCUACUGUCAGCCGCUAGGUACUAGAUAUCAGUGAGUCUGGCCACUAGACACCUUUUCGCUCAGAGACUCGGCCUGGCCACGCGUGCGUUCAUCCGCGAGGCGUUUUGUCGCCCACACUGCCUGGCAUAUUUGAAUCCGGGCUCGAACAGAGGGGGGAGCACUGUCGUCCUGUUUCCAGUGGGGCAUGCGCACGCGUGCUUAGACUUUUUGAACUCCCGGGCCGACUCUCGGGGACGCUGCUGGAACCAUGGCAAAGACGCACCCGGACGCUCCGCCUGCUCCGCCUCGGCCCCGGCAGCUUGCCCCGCGGCCUCUGCCGCAUCUCUGCGCGGCCGUCCCCGCGCGCGCGCUCUUCGGACUGGGCCUCGCAGCACCGUGGGGGCGCGCAUCCAGAACCCAGCUGCUCUUCGUCAGGGCACCCUGGGCUUCUUCGCUCCGCGCGCUGCGCGGUGGCAUCCCGCGGCCGUCGAAGAGGCUGCUGCGUCCCGGGUCCUCCGGGCUUCCCCUCAGGUGUGCCCCGCGCGCGGGUCUUCGGGGCUGGGUUUCCUGCGACGGUUUCUUGCGACCGCGCCCGCACUGUACCGUUC